AGGAGAUGACCAAGAAUCUGUGAAACCAAACGAGGACACUUGUGCAUAAUAACUAAGACUGCUGCGUCCACAGUGCAGUGUGUAUGUAGCUACCUGGUCGACGUCACAUUGCCACAGUCUACAGAGCAAGCGAGCAGUAAGGCUACUUCCUCGAUCAACGGAAUCACAGAACGAGCAACGGGAAGGAAGACAAGAAAAAGAAAAGUCACAGAACAAUAAAUAAUCCGUACAUUUGCAAGACGAGGUGGCCCAGUGACGCGUCACCAUGGCACCCUUCUUGCGGAUCGCCUUCAACUCUUACGAUCUGGGUGUUCUGUCCCCCCUGGCCCCUUCUGAUACCCCCUUCUGUGCCAUCAAGAUGAAGGAGGCCCUCACCACCGAGCGUGGUAAGACGCUGGUUCAGAAGAAGCCCACCAUGUUCCCAGCCUGGAAGGCCAGCUUCGACGCCCACAUCUACGAGGGGCGUGUCCUGCAGGUGCUGCUGAUGAAGACUGCAGAGGAGCCAUUGGCCGAGGUCACAGUGGGCAUGUCUGUCCUUGCCGAGCGCUGCAAAAAGGCCAACGGCCACGCUGAAUUCUGGGUUGACCUGCAGCCCUCGGGGAAGGUGAUGAUGGCAGUGCAGUACUUCUUGGAGGGAGCAACUGAUACAGAGGGCAAGCCUCCCACAAAGGAGGAGGUAGGGGGUCCCACCAUAAACCGCAGAACGAGAGCCAUCAAACAGGCCAAGAUCCACGAGGUCAAAUGUCACGAGUUCAUCGCCACCUUCUUCAGACAGCCCACCUUCUGCUCCGUCUGCAGAGAGUUUGUCUGGGGGCUCAACAAGCAAGGGUACAAGUGCAGACAAUGCAAUGCAGCUAUUCACAAGAAAUGCAUCGACAAGAUCAUCGGCAGGUGUACGGGCACGGCAGCCAACAGCCGGGACACUGUGUUCCAGAAGGAGCGCUUUAAGAUAGACAUGCCACACCGCUUCAAGAACCACAACUACAUGAGUCCCACCUUCUGUGACCACUGUGGCAGUCUGCUGUGGGGCCUGGUCAGGCAGGGCCUCAAGUGUGAAGAUUGUGCCAUGAAUGUGCAUCAUAAGUGUCAGGAUAAAGUGGCCAACCUUUGUGGAAUCAACCAGAAACUACUGGCUGAAGCACUUACACAAGUCAGCCAGAAAUCCUCCACUCGGCGCUUGGACCCAACUCUAGCUGACCCAGAUAUAGGAGUCUAUCAGGAAGUCAAUAGGAAUUCCACUAGUGGUCUGGAUGUCAAUGACGGCCACCCUUAUGGCAGGCUGUGGAAGGGCUCCAGCCCGCAUCCCCCAUCUCGCCUCACCCACCUGACACUCAUCAACGUAGACAACUUUGUCUUUCACAAGGUCCUAGGCAAGGGCAGCUUUGGCAAGGUCCUGCUGGCAGAGUUGAAAGGUCAGGGGGAGUGGUUUGCGGUGAAGGCUCUGAAGAAAGACGUGGUUCUGAUGGAUGAUGAUGUGGAGUGUACCAUGGUGGAGAAGAGAGUCCUGGCCCUGGCCUGGGACAACCCCUUCCUCACACACCUCUACUCCACCUUCCAGUCCAAGGAACACCUGUUCUUUGUCAUGGAAUAUCUGAAUGGAGGAGACCUGAUGUUCCAUAUUCAGGAGAAGGGACGCUUUGACCUCUACAGAGCAACGUUCUACUCUGCUGAGAUCAUCUGUGGCCUUCAGUUUCUGCACUCCAAAGGGAUCAUUUACAGAGACCUGAAGUUGGACAACGUGAUGUUAGAUCAUAGCGGACAUGUAAAGAUAGCAGACUUUGGCAUGUGUAAGGAGAACGUGUUUGGAGAGAGCCUAGCCACAACCUUCUGUGGGACUCCUGACUACAUCGCUCCAGAGAUACUGCUGGGUCAGAAGUACUCCUUCUCCGUGGACUGGUGGUCAUUUGGGGUGCUGCUGUACGAGAUGCUGAUUGGUCAGUCACCCUUCCAUGGUGAUGACGAGGACGAGCUGUUUGAGUCUAUCCGCAUGGACACGCCACACUACCCUCGCUGGAUCACCAAGGAGGCCAAGGACCUGAUGGAGAAGCUGUUUGAGAGAGACUCGACUCGCAGGCUAGGCAUCGUUGAUAACAUUCGUGUCCACCCCUUCUUCAAGACCAUCAGCUGGCCCGCCCUGGAGAGGAGGGAGGUGGAACCCCCCUUCAGACCUAAAGUGAAAGCCCCCAACGACUGCAGCAACUUCGACCGAGAGUUCCUCAGUGAGAAACCCUGCCUUUCCCAUGGUGACAAGAACUUCAUGGAUUCCAUGGACCAAUCAGCUUUCGCCGGGUUCUCCUUCAUCAACCCAGAGAUGGAGCUUCUCCUGGAAAAGUGAGGGAGGGGCCUGUCAACCAAUCCCCAUGCUCUUAGUUCUCAGUGACAUUACUGGGGUCAUAGGGGAAGCCAGGGAUACAUUACUAAUGGGUCGUUCCAUGAAAUGGUUGCCUUUUGGACAUGCAAACUUUUAAGAAAUUAAUUUACAAAUAUAUUUUCUUUCAGCAUUCAAUUGCAUUCAAUGUGAUCAAACCCUCAACUUGAGUGAGCUGUUCAAUGUUCAGUAUUUGUGACUGUAAUAGAAGCACAAGCCGUUUCCUACGGAUAAACACAUUUUUCCAUCUCAGACAUAAGAAUCCUAUGAACUAAGAGCAUUUUAUCUUCACUUGUACCACAUUGUCAACCCUGUUACCUAAGACACUUAUGUAACUGCCUAACUAUUAUUUAAAAGCAUGUUUGAGAUAAAUCCAACAUUUUCUCA